AUGGCACAGGAUGAGUCUGCCUCCACGCCUUACACCGAAGAUGAUUUCUACUGUCCAAUCUGUCAAGAAGUUUUCAAGACGCCGGUUCGGGUUGCCGCCUGUCAGCACAUUUUCUGCCGAAAAUGCUUCCUAACUGCAAUGAAGGAGAGCCGGAUCCAUUGCCCCCUGUGCCGUGGAAAUGUGACUAGACGCGAAAGAGCACGUCCAGAGAGGGCCCUAGACCUCGAGACAAUCAUGAGAAGUUUUCCUGGUAGUUGCCGAUACUGUUUCCAACGUAUUGAACUCUGUCGCAUGAGACAACAUUACAAAACUUGCAAAAAGUAUCAAGAUGAGUUUGGAGUUUCUUCAACUACGACUCUUUCAAGCUUCCAACUGUCUCCAGACUCCGUGGGCAACAGCAACAGCAACAGCGAGGCAUCCACCUCUGAAAAUGCCGAGGCUUACCUAGAAGACAAUGCAAUCCCAUCUGAUCAGCCUUCUUUUGAUUGUCCUCUGUGCGAAGAAGCAAACAUGACCCGACAGCGUUUGCUAGAUCAUUGUAACAGCAACCACGCGUCUCACGUUGUUCCAUCCAUUUGCCCGAUUUGUCUAUCUCUUCCAUGGGGCAACCCUACUCAGCUUACCAGAAAUUUUGUUAGUCAUCUAAACGAGAGACACCAAUUCGACUAUGGAGCUUUCAUGAAUCUUCACCUGGAUGAGGAAACUCAGUACCAGAUUGCAGUUGAGGAAUCUCUGCAAGGCAACAUCUAG